CGCUUAAUUCCUCCUUUCCCAAGAGACAGUGGAGGGAAGAGGGUUCGGCGAGCAGCUAGUUCUGACGCCCCUACGCAGACCGACUGGGUGCGGCCGCCCUACCAUGAGGCUGGUGGUGGUUUUCUCGGGGGCCUUGCUGGGGCUUCUAGCGGCCCAGGGGACACAGAAUGGCUGUCCUCACAAAAAAUCAGCCACUCUGCUGCCAUCCUUCACGGUGACGCCCACAGCUACAGAGAGCACAGCAAGACCCUCGACAACCAGCCACAGAGCCACCACGCCGGACACCACCAGCCACGAGCCCACGACGGCUGGCCACCAUACCAACACCACCCCCAGCCACGGAAACGCCACUGUCAACCCGACGAUGAGCAACAGCACGGCCACCAGCCCGAGAGCUCCCACCAGUACCCCACAGCCAGGACCGCCUCCACCCCCUCCAAGUCCGAGCCCAGGCUCCAAGGGCGCCGUAGGAGACUACAUGUGGGCUAACGGCUCCCAGCCCUGCGUCCGGCUCCAAGCCCAGAUCCAGAUCGGAAUCCUGUACCCGACCCAGGGCGGAGGAGAGGCCUGGGGCACCUCUGUGCUGAACCCCAACAAAACCACGGCGCAGGGGGUCUGUGAGGGUGCCCACCCCCACCUGCUUCUCUCCUUCCCCUACGGACAGCUCAGCUUUGGAUUCGAGCAGGAGCUGCAGCAGAGCGCGGUCUACUUGAACUACGCGGCUCUGGAGUACAACGUGUCCUUCCCACAGGCAGCACAGUGGACCUUCUCCGUCGAGAACGCAUCCCUUCGAGCUCUGCGGGCCCCCCUGGGCCAGAGCCUCAGCUGCGGGAACGCGAGCGUCACUCUGUCCCCAGCGCUGCGCCUCGACCUGCUGCACCUGAAGCUCCAGGCUGCCCGGCUGCCACCCUCGGGGGCCUUUGGGCCAAGUUUCCCCUGUCCCAGCGACCAUGUCCUCCUGCUGCCCCUCCUCAUCGGUGUCGCCUCCCUCGGCCUCCUCGCCCUGGUGCUCACCGCGCUCUGUGUCGUCCGGAGACGCCCACCCGCCUACCAGCCCCUCUGAGCUCGUGGCCCCAACACGGGACCCCGGGGCCCCCUCAUUUCUCCCAAAAGUUGCCUCCCCUUCCCUCUCGCUCUUCAAGAACAGGACUGCAGUCCGGGAGGGACGAGGGGACAGGGGUUUAUGCGAUGUGACAAGUCUCUCCUCCCUGGCCCCCAGAAAAAUAAAACCUGCUCCGACCUCUGUC